AUGGAUGAGGCAAGAUACUAUGAACCGGAUUUAAGAAGAAUUUUACAUUUUAAUAAUAUUGAAUUCCCAAAUUCUUUUAAGAAAAAAGAUCUUGUUAAUAAAUGGAAUGAAGAAAUUAAACCAAUAGCUUCAAAUAAAUUGAAAUUAUUAACUUCUGUUGUUGCUAAUGACGAUGGUAUUGAAUUUGUUGAUAAUAAUAAAAACCAAUCAACAAAAACAAAAACAAAAACAACAAAAUUAAAAUCAAAAUCUUCCAAAACUGAAAUUAGUGAUGAUGCUGAUGAUGAAGAUAGUGAUGUUAAAGAAGUUAUUAGAAAAUCUCCAAGAAAAACAAGUAAAUCAUCAAAAUUACAAGAAUUUGAAGAAAAUGAACAAACAACAUCACCAAGAAAAUCAUCAAAAUCAUCAAAGGCAACAAAAGUUACAACAACUGAUUUAGGUAAUAUCCCUUCACUAAAAAUCUCACCACCAAGACAAAGAACAAGAUCUCCAAGAAGAAAAUUGAAUUCUGAUAAUGAUGAUAAUUCUGAUGUGGAAGAAAUUAAAGAAUUACCAAGAACAAGAUCUCCAAGAAGAAAAAUUAAUAAAUCUAAUUCUGAAGAACCUCAACAAAUUGAUGAAUUUAAACCAAGAACAAGAUCUCCAAGAAGAAAAAUUAAUGAAACUUCAAGAGAAAGAUCUCCUUCUAAAUCUAAAAAGAAAGCUAAAACUCCAGAACCAAAACCAGAACCAGAACCUGAAUUAAAAGAAACUUCAGAAGAAGAAGAUGAUGAUGAUGAUGAAAUUGAACAAGUUACAAAAUUAGAAUUUGAAAAUCAAGCUAAAGAAGUUAAAUCUUCUCCUUUUAAAUUUGGUUCUAAAACUUCUUUUUCAAAUGAUAAUAUUUUCCAAUCUUCACAAAAUUCUUCACCAAAUAAUCAACCAAAAAAAUUAAUUCCAAGAAAAAGAUCAUCUGAAACUACGUCAACUUCAACAAAAUCUCCAAUUAAACAAUCAAAUACUAAAAUACCAAGAAAAACUGCAUUUUCUCCAGAUCCUUUACCAAAUAAAUCAAAUAAAGUCGAUUCAAUUAAAUCUCCAGCUAAAAAAUCUUUAGAAAUUUCAAAAUUUGAAAGUUCUCCACCUUCAAAUUUUAUUAAAAAUGAAUUAUCUGGUGAUAACUUAUUUGAAUUUGAUCAUCAAAAUGAAGAAAAUGAAGAAAAAUUUAAUUUUGAUAAUGUUACUGAACAACAAGAACAAUCACAACCACAACAACAACAACAAGUUGAAAUCCCAUCAUCAAUUAAUAAACCUUCAAUUAUUGAAAAUGAUCAAUUUGAAACUCCAAAUGAUGGUAAUGCAAGUAGAUUUACAAAUUUUAGUUCAAAUAAUUCAACUCCAUCAAAAUCAAUAGGUAAAAAGAGAAAUUCAAUUUUACCAGAUUUUUCAAAAUUUAAAGUUAGUAAAGAAUUUGCUAAAAAUUUAGGUAUUACAAUUCAAGGUGAACCUGAAGAUCAAGAAGAAAAUGAAUCAAAAGAUGAAUCAAAAGAUGAAUCAAAAGAUCAAGAUGAUGAAUUGAUUAAUGAAGAUGAAGAUGAAGAAGAAUCAAAUGAAUCAAAACAAGAUGAUGAAGAUCAAGAUCAAGAUCAAAGUAUAAAUGAUGAUUCUGUUUUACGUCAUUUACAAGAAGAAAUUGACACUGCAAAUCAAGAUGUUCAAAAUGAAGCAAAUAAUGCUAUAAAACAAAUUGAUGAAAUUUUCAAUGAAGAUCCAAAAAAUGAAGAAAAAUUAAAUCAAUCAACAACAACAACAAAACCAUCAUCAUCAACACCAUUAUUAUCAAUUAAUUUUACAUCAAUUUUAAAUUUUUUCAAACAAGUUUCAAUUUUCCUUUUUUUUACAAUUUUAAUUAUUUCAUCACUUUGGUAUCGUGAACAAAGAAUUUUAAUUGGUUAUUGUGGUUUAGAAAUUAAUGAUAAAACUUUCCCAAAUACUGAUAAUGAAAUUUUAAUUAAAAUUGAUGAAUUUUUAGAUCAAAAUUUAAAACCAACAUGUUUGGAAGCACCAGAAAAUUCAAUUGCUUUACCAUAUUUACAAAUUAAAUGUAAACCUGAUUAUAUUGUUUAUCAACCAUGGUAUAAAAUUCAUGGUUUAUUACCAUUUAGUGAUUAUUGUAUUAAAGAUACCAAAAAGGAAUUAAUUAUUAAAGAAGUUGUUUCUAAAAGUUUAGAAUUAUUAAGAAUUAAAAAUGCAAAUGUUCAAUGUGGUGAUUGUACUAAUGAUGAAAUUGUUGGUAUUACAAAUGAUGAAUUAUAUGAAUUUUUCUUUAAUUCAAAAUCAAAUUCAAUAACUGAUGAAGAAUUUAAUGAAUUAUGGGUUAAUGUUUUAAAAGAUUUACAAAAUGAACCUGAAAUAACGUUACGAUAUACCGACAUUGUUGACUCAAAUUCAACCCAAGAUAACUUAUCCACCAAUGAAGUUGAAGAUGAGACGGACGAUAUUCAACAAACAACCGAAAGAUCAAUUAUUUUUAGAUCAAAUUCCAAAUUAAAAUUAAGUAUUAAAUGUAAAUUUCAAAAAGAGAUUUAUGAUAAUUUUGAAAAAAAUAAAAAAAUUUUAAUUAGUUUUUUAACAAUUUCAAUUUUAAUAUUAAUUGGAUAUAACAAAAUUAAAUCAAUUCAAAAAAGAAAUUUAAAAAUUAAAGAAAUUUCUGAUAUAAUUUUAAUUAAAUUACAAAAACAAUCUAAAAAUUCUCAAUUAGAUUCAACUGGAUUAACUAAAAGAUUUUUAAGUAAUAUUCAAUUAAGAGAUGAAUUAUUAAUUAAUUAUCAUAACAAGGAAAAAUUUAAAAUUUGGGAAUUAAUUUUAAAUAAUUUAGAAAAAAAUUCAAAUAUUAGAAUUUUAACAAAAGAAAUUCAUGGUGAAAUUGUUAAAGUUUUAGAAUGGAUUGGUGAUUAA